AUGCUAAGUGCCCAUGAUAUCAAUAGCGUUGACUUUGCUGCCAUCCGUGGCCGAUUUGGCGAGGAGUUCUUUGGUUUGUGCCUGGAGGAGAACGAAAGAGUCCUGCGAGCCCUCGGCGGAAACCUGCAGGACUUUUUCAACGGUUUUGAUGCUCUUCUGGAACACAUCCGAACAUCGUGCGGCCGCCGAGCUUCAUCCGAGGCGCCUUCAUUCCUAUGCAAAGACGCUCCUCAGGAGAACGAAGAAACGAAUGCGGAGAGCGGAGCAGGACGAACUCUAAUCCUUCACUGCUUUAAUCCCGACCCAACAGUGGGUGUGGCCAUGCCGGGUCUUAUUCGAGCCGCCGCCCGCCGCAUCUACCAAUCAGAAGUCUCAGUAGAGGAAGCCCCGCCCACAUGGCUUCACACGGCAAAUGAGGAUGGCGAGCUCUCAGCAGACUCCUCCCCCUCAUCAUCGCCAUCUCCUCCCUCAUCUUCGGCUCCAGCGUGUCUGUCGUUCCUCAUUCGAGAAGUUCAUACUCCUCCUACAUCAUCGUCUCGAUCACGCCAACUUUCACGCUCGCCGCUCGAUCUGCGCAUCGGUUUAAGCACGUUUUGCCGGGCUUUUCCAUUUCACCUGGUUUUGGGAUCCAACAUGGAGGUUCUGCAGGUUGGUGAGGGACUCCGAAAACAAGCCAAGACCGACCCUCACCGGACGCUUACCUUCAGCAACAGCUUUGAACUGGUGUCUCCUAGGAUUCCCUGCUCUUUCCAGAACAUUCUUUUGCGCCUCUCCACGCCGUUCACCAUUCGCACUCGACCGGACGGAUCGUCACUAGACUGCAGAGAGAAGGUAAUGGAGCUGAAAGGGCAGAUGCUUCACCUCCCCGAAUCAAACUCCAUCAUGUUUCUGGGCUCGCCACGUGUUGAUAGGCUGGAAGAGCUGAUGGGGCGGGGCUUACAUCUGUCUGACAUCCCUAUUCAUGACGCCACACGUGAUGUCAUUUUGGUUGGAGAACAGGCCAAAGCUCAGGACGGACUGAAGAAGCGGAUGGACAAACUGAAAGCCACGCUGGAGAAAACGCACCAGGCUUUAGAGGAGGAGAAGCGGAGGACGGUGGACUUGCUCUACUCUAUUUUUCCCGGUGACGUGGCUCAGAGACUCUGGCAGGGCCUUCCGGUUCAGGCCAAGAAGUUUGAUGAUGUCACCAUGCUGUUCUCUGACAUCGUGGGCUUCACGGCCGUGUGUGCGCAGUGCACGCCAAUGCAGGUCAUCAGCAUGCUGAACGAGCUCUACACGCGCUUCGACUACCAGUGCGGCAUACUGGACGUCUAUAAGAUUGAAACUAUUGGCGAUGCGUACUGCGUGGCGGGCGGGCUCCACAGGAAGAUUGACAGCCAUGCUAAGCCAAUCGCACUCAUGGCGCUGAAGAUGAUGGAGCUGUCAGAGGAAGUGCUGACGCCUGACGGGAAGCCAAUCAAGCUGAGGAUCGGGAUUCACUCGGGCUCAGUGCUGGCUGGUGUUGUGGGUGUGAUGAUGCCGCGCUACUGUCUGUUCGGGAACAACGUCACGCUGGCCAGCAAGUUUGAGUCGGGCAGUCACCCGCGCUGCAUCAACGUCAGCCCUACUACAUACCAACUCCUGCGGGACGACCGCUCGUUCACCUUCAUCCCUCGCUCCAGGCAGGAGCUUCCCGACAACUUCCCCAAAGAGAUCCCGGGAAUUUGCUAUUUCCUGGAGGCGGGGAAAUCCCAAAGCCACGCCUCUCUCACCAGCACUCGCUCCGCCCCCAUCCGCAAAGUGUCCUAUAACAUUGGGACCAUGUUUCUACGGGAGACUAGCCUCUGAGACGGCCCCGCCCAUCCGCUUUGGCAUCACGUCCUGUAGACUAGUGUUGCCUGUGGCAACUGGUUGCCCCGCCUCACGACCGGAGCUCUGGCCUCAGAGGCGUGCAGUGACUCAGAGGGGGCGAAGACAGUGGCCCCGCCCUAGUCCCGCCUUUUAAAGGAGCCAUGGAUAAUUGUGUUCUGAAAAUACAAUAAAUACGAAUAUAUAUAGAUAU